UUACUUAAAUACCCUUCCAAAUGACUUUUAGGGGGCAAAAUUACUUAUUAUAUUUUUUAUAAAAUUUUUUUUGGUCAAAUGGUCAACAAAAUGGGGUUGCCUUCUCCUUCAAAAACAAGAAGCUUUGAACCUUCUGCACCACUUUUCACCUUCACCUUCACCUUCACCUCAUCGUCUUCCUCGGCCAUGGCUUCAUCAUCCACACAAAAACCCCUAAAAAUUCUUGAACAAUCUCAUGUAUCUCCACCACCGGACUCAGUCCCAUCCACCACCAUCCCCUUAACCUUCUUCGACAUCAUUUGGCUCUUCUCCGGCCCUGUUCAACGCCUCUUCUUCUACAGCUUCCCUCACUCCACCUCCCAUUUCAUCAACUAUCAUCUCCCAACCCUCAAAACCUCCCUCUCCCUCACUCUCCAAUCCUUUUUCCCUUUAUCCGGCCAUGUCCGUCAACUCGGCAACGAGUUUGAGCUCUUCUACAUUGAUGGUGACUCAGUCUCCUUCACUGUCGCUGAAUCCAACUCCGACUUCAAAACCCUCUCAGGCCACCAACCUCGAAGUUUCAAAACUCUACUCUCUUUAUCCCCAGCUUUGAAACCCAUCCCCGGCGAGCUCAUCGGUGGUCCUCUAAUGGCGAUUCAAGUCACAGUGUUCCCAAACCAAGGCCUUUGUUUGGGCAUCAGUAUAAAUCAUGUGGCAUGCGAUGGCACAAGCUCCAUGAACUUCAUGAAAUCAUGGGCUGCUACUUGCCGUGCCGGCGCCGGCUCGCCGGUGCUCGCCGUUCCUCCGGUGUAUGACCGGAGCAUGGUUGUGGAUCCGGCCAACUUAAGUUCAAUAUACUACAAAGCAUCCAUGGAGGCAGCUAAAGCAGCAGAAGCAGCAGCAGCAGCUGAAACCCUAACUCUGGCGUGCUCCAAAUCCACCUCCGGCGAUCAUGAAGAAAACAUGGGCUUAGUUAGUGCUACGUUCACGUUGAGAAAAGAUCAACUGGAGAAAUUGAAGAAGAUGAUGGGAUCUAAGAGCUCAACGUUCGUGGUUGCAUGCGCGCAUGCGUGGACGUGUCUAAUGAGGUCAAGAAGGCAGCCGGAAGAGAGAACAGCGUACGCGGCGUUCGCCGUGGACUGUCGACAUAGGCUGGAACCGCCGCUGCCAGAAGGGUAUUUUGGGAACUGUGUGGGGGCUGCCUUUGCUGAGGCAAACGCCGGGGAAAUGAUCGGAGAGGAAGGGGUUAAGGUUGCCGGUGAAGUGUUAAAGAAGGCAGUGGAGGAGUUGGGUGGAGGAGUGCUGAGAGGGGCGGAGAAGUGGCUGGAGAAGGUGAUUGAGGUGCUGCCGAAGAGGCCGUUGUCGGUGGCAGGGUCUCCGAAGUUUAAGGUUUAUGAGACGGAUUUUGGGUGGGGGUCGCCGGAGAAGGUGGAGGUGGUGUCUUUGGAGAAGAAUGGAUCUUUGUCAAUGGCGGAGAGUGGGAAAGAAGAAGGUGGGGUUGAGAUAGGGUUGGUGUUGACCAAAGAGGAGAUGGAGGAGUUUAGUUUGGCUUUUCAUGCAUGAUGCUCUUUAGGUUCUUUCUUUUCAUAAAUAUUCGGGUUUCAUGUCAUUAGGAUUUGAGUCUUGUUAUAAUUUAGGCGUUGUUGAUGUUUGUAAUAAAAUAUAUUAAUGAAUAAAAAAUGAAAAACUUAUUUAUGUAUUAAUCUAAACAAU